AUCAAAUCUAAAAUUUAUUAAUUAGUAUCCAUCUCUAUUAAUUUCUUUCAUUAUUUGUGAAGUGUAUUUAGCAAUAAAAAAAAGAGUUAAAAUGGGUUUGAAAGUAUAUGGGCUUCCAAUAUCAACAUGCACAAGUAGAGUUCUUACAUGUUUACAUGAAAAAGAAGUUGAAUUUGAGCUUAUUCCUAUUAAUCUCUUCACUGCUGAACAUUUGCAGCCUCCUUUCCUCUCCAAAAAUCCAUUUGGGCAGAUUCCAGCACUUGAAGAUGAUGAUCUCACAUUGUUUGAAUCAAGAGCAAUAACAACAUACAUAUCAGAAAAAUACAAGGAAAAAGGAAGCGAUCUCUUAAGACAUGGAGAUAUAAAAGAAGCAUCAAUUGUUAAAGUAUGGAUGGAAGUAGAAGCACAUCAAUACCACCCAGCAAUCCAACCAAUCAUAUAUCAAUAUUUUGUGGCCCCCAUCCAAGGCAAGACCCCUGAUCAAACCAUCAUUGAUACUCAUCUUGACAAACUCAAGAAAGUUCUAGAUAUCUAUGAUGACAAACUAAGGAACACCAAAUACUUAGCUGGGGAUUACUACACUCUAGCAGAUCUUCAUCAUUUGCCUUACACUCAUUAUUUUAUGACUACUCCUUAUGCUAACUUGAUUAAUGAUCGCCCUAAUGUUAAGGCUUGGUGGGAAGAUAUUUCUUCUAGACCUUCUUUUGAGAAAGUCUCUCAAGACAUGAAGCAUGGGGAUCACUCUUAAGGUUCCUCUCUUUUUUUUUUUUUUUUUUUUUUUUAAGCAUACAAAUGAUCAACACUUCUAAACUAGAGCGGAUGUAACCUUAUUCAAUAUUGUUAACCGAUAAAAUUUAAUAAGUUAUUUUAUAUUUAAAUAUGAUAAUAAGUGUAUUAAGUUAUAAUUGGUGUGUGAUAGCCGUGGCAUGAGAUAGACCCAAUGGCUAGCCCAAUUAGCAACACGUGGGACGAUUUCGUUUAAUCUUAUAUCAUUUCUUCGUCAUCGUUUAUUAAAUUGACAA